AGCGUAUCACGUGCUCUACCCUCCUAGGAAAUACUUCUCGAGCCGAGCCUCUAUAUCCAUUGUCUCCGUCCACGACCACUAAGCCGCAAUUACUGCCUCCUCAAAGCGGUCGGUGAUCAUUUAGAUCAACAAUUCUUAAAUCCGUGACUUGAAUCAUCAAUCACGGUUACCACUUACCCCAUACGAUGGGGAAUCGCUGGCGUAUAUAUAGGACUUUGUUCCAUGUGGAGACCAUCUCAUAACUCCACCAGCUUCGAAACUCUCGUCUUCAUUCGAAACUCUAAGCACUCCUUUCUCUAGAAAAUCAUUCUAGUUCAAACAUGCCUCCACCACCCGUUCCCGCCUCUCUCCAGGCCAGCCUCGACGCCACAAAAGUCGACUAUGUCCAACUCGGCGCCUCUGGCCUCCGUGUCUCGGCCCCCAUCCUCGGAACUAUGGCGAUCGGAAGUAAGGAAUGGAUGCCAUGGACCAUCGAGGAAGCCGAGGGACUCGAACUCCUCAAAGCAGCAUACGACAGAGGCCUAACAACCUGGGACACCGCCAACGUCUACUCCAGUGGCGUAAACGAAGAAAUCGUCGGAAAGGCGCUCAAGAAGUUUGAGAUUCCCCGUGAGAAAGUCACCAUCCUCGCGAAAGUCAUGGGCACCGUCCCCGAAGAAGCCGGCAUCUUCAACUGGUUCUACGAGGCCCAGCUCGGGAAGAGCAAGGACUACGUGAACCAAGGCGGCCUCUCCCGCGGCGCCAUCUUCAAGGCAGUCGAUGCUUCUCUGAAAAGACUAGGAACAGACUACAUCGACCUCCUCCAAAUCCACCGCUACGACCCCACCGUGCCGCCCGCUGAAACCAUGAAAGCGCUGCACGACCUCGUCGAGUCCGGAAAAGUCCGCUACAUCGGCGCCUCCAGCAUGUGGGCGUACCAAUUCGCCACCCUCCAGUUCACAGCCGAAAAACACAACUGGACCAAGUUCAUCAGCAUGCAAAACCGCUACAACCUCGCCUACCGCGAGGAGGAGCGCGAGAUGAACAAAUUCUGUGCCGAAACCGGCAUCGGGCUGAUCCCGUGGGGCGCGCUGAGCGGGGGUUUGCUGGCGAAGCCGUGGGGGCAGGAGAGUGGGAGGAGCGAGAUGGCGAAGAUGAUGGGGGGCGUGACGGAGGUGGAUGUGGCGAUUAAUAAGAGGGUGCAGGAGGUGGCGGAGAAAAGGGGGUGGAAGAUGGCGCAAGUGGCGUUGGCGUGGGUGAGGGCGAAGGGGGCGAUUCCGAUUGUGGGGCUGGCAAGUGCGAGUGUGGAGAGGUUGGAAGAGACGUGUGGGAUUAGGGGGAAGGAGUUGACUAAGGAGGAGGUGAGGUUUUUGGAGGAGUUGUAUGUGCCGAAGCCGGUUGCUGGGCAUUCUUGA